AUGGUCAUAUUUAUUUUAAUCGCGUGUUCUAUAUUAGUGUUAAGUUUAUAUUUAAAUCGUGUUUACAGUUAUUGGAAGGAUCGCGGGAUUGAAUAUGAAAGACCGUUUCCGUUUAUUGGUGGUUUAAGUUUUAUUAUGCGAAAAAGUUUUUCUGAAUAUGCGUACGAUUUAAGUGUAAAAUAUCCUCGGGAUUACUUAGGCAUAUACCUUGGUAUGAAGCCAACUUUGGUUGUGCAAACACCGGAACUAGCUCGAAAAGUUUUUAGCACUGAAUACGAUAACUUUCAAGAUAGACAUUUGUACUGUCAUGAAUCCGACCCUAUGGGCUCUCUCAACAUAUUUACUGUUAAGAAUCCAUUGUGGAAAAUGCUCAGAUACCGUUUAUCACCAAUGUUUACAUCGCACCGACUGAGAAAAAUAACAGAAUUGAUGAAUGCAAAUGCAACCGAAUUGGUAAAAAAAGUUCAAAGGGAUUUUAUUGAAAAAAAGAAACAUGUUAAUUUAAAGGAAAUAUUUUCUAUGUACACAUCAGAUACUGUAGCGUAUAGUGUUUUCGGUAUAAGAGUUAGUGCAUUAAGCGACCAAGACUCCCCAUUGUGGCACAUAACUAACCAUAUGGUCAAAUGGACAUUUUAUCGCGGAUUGGAGAUUACUUUCAUAUUCUUUCUUCCUGUCCUUGGAGCAUUAAUGCGGCUUAAAUUAUUUUCGAAAGCUGCUAAUGAUUACAUUAAACAACUAUAUUGGACAGUUGUCAAAGAUCGACAGAAUGAUAAAAAAUAUGACGAUUCAGACCUUGUGAAUCAUUUACUAAAAAUAAAAGAAAAGCUGGAACUGCCACCUGAAGCUGACGAAGACUUUGCUGACAAUAUCUUGCUUGCACAAGUAGCAGUGUUUAUAUUAGGUUCUAUUGAAACUUCUUCUUCUGUUUUGAGCUAUGCUCUGCAUGAACUAGCAUAUCAUCAGGAUGAGCAGGAAAAGCUGUAUAAUGAACUUAAUAACGCAUUUUUGAGGAGUGAAAAGGACUAUCUGAAUUACAAUGAAUUAUUGCAACUUGACUAUUUGACUGCAUGUAUCCACGAAACUAUGAGGAAAUUUCCUCCGUUGCCGUUAAUAGAUAGAUUGUGUGGACAGACGUGUGUACUGGAAGAUGGUUUGAAAAUAGAAAGAGGAGUUCCUGUGCUUGUGAAUGUAAUUGCAAUACAUUACAACGAGAAAUAUUACCCUGAACCUGAAAAGUGGAAACCCGAGCGUUUUAUGACAGGCAAUAAACAAGAUAACAGAGAAUUCACCUUCCUGCCGUUUGGUGACGGACCAAGAUUCUGUAUAGGUAAAAGAUACGGUAUGAUGCAAGUACGCGCGGCUCUUUCCCAGUUGAUUUAUAAUUAUAAGAUAGAGCCUGUCGUCCCUUACAAAGUGAAACCAGACCCGCAUUCUGUUAUCUUAGCGCCUCAAGAUGGAUUGAGCGUCAAAUUUGUUCCUCGACGGACUGAAAAAUAA